UCUUUCAUCGCCCUCCGGUUGUGUAGGCCCAGCUUUGACCAGGGACCUGUACUGGUGUUAAGACAGCCUUGCCACUGGGUAGGCGAAAGAAACAUGAUUUUUGCACGCUUAGAAAAAUUUAGCCUGGAGGAAAAUAGCAGACAAUUUUCUUAUCAUUGGGAAGAUCAACGUUACGUUAUAACGGAGAAAAACUUUCGCGUGUAGAACACAAUAGAACUUCAACUUCAAAGAUUCGCAAUAUCGUUGCAUAAUGAAACCAGACAUUGUAAGAAGAAAAUUAUCAACAAUUUUUAAACGUUUAGGAACGGCGAUUGGAAAACAUCCAUAUAUUUUUAUAAUCAUUCCUGUAUUAUUAUCAAUUGCUUCAAUAGCUGGACUCUUUCAACUUAAUUACAAGAGAAAUGUAAUUAAUAGUUUCAAAGCCGAUAGCGGGAAAUUUUUUUCUGUACAACGAUUUAUUGAAAAAACGUGGAAAUCCGCAUCAGUUUCUGAUAAAAUUAGACUUUCUGAUGCUCCAAAUGGAAACAGAUUAUACUUUAUAAGAAAAAAUGGAGAAAAUAUGUUAGAAAGAAAAAUUCUUCAAGAAUUAAAAAUGGCUGAUUCCAUAGUUAAAAAUAUCACUAUCCAAAUGUUCAAUCGAACAAUUGGAUACGCUGAUAUUUGCGUUAAAAUGCGUAACAAAUGCUUCGAAAACUCAUUUAUUGAAAUAAUCUCUGAUGAGGAAAACGUGUUAAAUCGUAGAAGGUUCAAAUAUCCCGUAGACAUAGACAACUUGACCUAUUCUUAUCGCUCGUAUGUCAUCAAUUUGGGAGGCGUUACAACCGACGAAAACGAUUACGUAAAAACUGUCAAAGCCGUCCGAUUGUUCUACUUAGUUGACAGAACUGAUGAAGAAAGGAUUCCACUGGUUGAUAAUUGGACAGCCGAAGUAUAUCGACGAAUACAAAAUUAUAACUUUCAAAAUGUCAAACUAUUAAUAGAUCCAGUUUGGUCUAUAAAAGAAGAUACUAAACUAUUAUUGCACAAUUUAAAAUAUAUGAUAGGAGCCGUGGUAUCGUUUAUUUGUAUUUUCUCGAUGUCGACAUUCAUGAGUCAGAAUUUGAUAAGAAGCAAACCUUGGAUGGGAGUAGCCAGUGUUUUGUCUGCGGGAAUGGCAAUCGUCACUUCAUUCGGAUUACUGGGAUAUUGCGGAGUAGAAAACACUCACUGUAAUAUUUGUAUACCAUUCUUAGUGCUAGUUACCGAAGUGGACGACAGUUUCGUGAUGAUUGCGAAUUGGAGGAUUACCGAUCCCGAAAAACCUGUAGAAAAUCGAAUGGCAGACACAUUUGCCGCAGCCGGGGUUUCAAUCACCUUAACAUCAGUCACCAAUUUGUUUUCGUAUUGCAUCGGAAUGACUACAUCAAUUGUUGUUGUGAAGAUCUUUUGCAUUUACUGUGCAACCUGCAUAUUUUUCACUUAUGUUUUUCAAAUAACCUUCUUUGCUGGAUGUAUGGCGUUAAGCGGGUACAGAGAAGAAAAAGGCCUUCAUCCAUUUACAUUCAAGUCGUAUGCACAGAAAAGGGAAGAUUGUCAAAUCAUCCCAGAAAACGAGCACAUUUUCAUGAAAAUAAUUAGAGAUAAAUUCGGAGACUUCAUUUACCGUACACCAACGAAAGUAAUUGUAUUGAUUCUGUAUUUAAUCAACUUAGGAUUUGGAAGUUACGGAGUGUAUUUUCUGAAGCAAGGAGUGGAUUUUCAAAAUAUGUAUCCCUCCGGUUCACAAAUAUACGAAAGUUCACGAGUAUAUUACAAAUACUUUACUGAAUAUUCAUUUCCUAUUCAUAUUAUCAUUAACAAGACACUCGAUUAUUCGGACGAAAAGGUUCAGGAAUCGGUGGAAGAUCUCCUCAGAAGAUUCGAGUCUCAUCCUCACGUUGCCGAUUCACGUUUGACCGUUUCCUGGCUGAGAUAUUACAAAAAAUUUCAGAAAACAUCCAUUGCUAAAUAUGCCUUAAGAGGAUACAACGUGUCGAACAAAAACGAUUUCGUUGAAGGACUUCGAGAAGUUUUUCUACGAUUUAAAGCAGCCGAACAAUUUUCAAACGAUUUGGUAUUCAGCCCGGAUGGCUCGGAAAUUACUUGUAGCCGAUUCUUUGUUAUGUCAAAAAGAUUAUCUAACAGAAAAACUGAGAUUGCGACUAUGAAUGAAUUUUUGAAAAUUGCGGAUGAAGCACCUUUCCCUGUUCUUAUUCAUCACAUGUUGGUAAAUAUGAUUGAACAGGGAAUAAUCAUCGAUGGCAUCGCUAAACAACUGUUUUGGAUCACUGGUUUAUUGAUCGCGAUUGUAUUUUUCAGUGUGAUACCUAAUAUAUUGUGUUCACUCGUUGUGGCAGUUUGUGUUGUGUCUACCACGAUAGAAACAUUGGGUUUCAUGAGCGUGUGGGGAGUUAACUUAGAUAUAAUAUCGUUGACGACUUUGAUUCUGUGCGUCGGAUUUUGCGUUAAUUAUCCGGCUCAUAUGGUAUACGCCUUUGUGACGUCAACAUGCAAAACGCCGAGAGAAAAGAUGAAGGAUUCGUUGUAUCAUGUUGGCUUUCCCAUUGUUCAAGGAACUUUAUCUACUAUUUUGGGAAUACUUUUCAUAUAUAAAGAAACGUACGUAUUACUUACAUUUCUGAAAGUUAUUUGUUUAAUUACAAUGGAAACCGCAUUUCACGCUUUGUUUUUUACUCCAAUCGUUCUUUCGUUGUUAUUUUCCUGCCCGUGUUUGCGAGAUAAAACAAAUACUAAUGGCGUAACGAUGAAAUUAAUUGAAUUGAAAGUAAAUCAACAAUAAUUGUUAAUGGACUUCUACAAAUAUUAUCGAAUUUUAUAGUUUUAACGUUUGUAAUAUUCGGAUACAACUAAUAUCGUUAUUUUUUUAAUUGGUAAUGUUUUUAUAUUGUUCUGUUACUUAAGAAGAAACAACUUUAUUGUGAUGUCAUGUAUUAUAUACACAUUGAUCUGUAUUUCAUAACUGUGGAAGCUGUUGUGACGUAUUUUCGAUAAGUAUAUUGCAUUGAAAAUGUUUCAGAGCUGCUUCUUUUCUGAUGGUUCAAAUUAUUUGUAUUACGGUAUUGGGCAAUAAAAUAUAAUUAGAAA